GGAUCGUGCUGACGCGACCCUACUUGUUGUCGGAGGUGAUCCACUAUAACGUGCCCAUCGACGAGGCUCUCUUCAUCCUCACUAACGAGGGCUGCUCCGUCACCGGGCAGGAAAACUGCGACACUACCAAGUUAUGCAUUGCCAAAAAAAUCAAGGAUGUUAGUUUGGAACUACAGGAAUUAUUCGGGUUCGUGGCUGUGGCCGGGGAGAGCGGGUUCAUGGGCGCCACGGGCAUCCUGGAGUUUGGGCCGCAGUUCAACUAUACUGCGAGGGAACUCGUGCAGGAUUGCCAUGGAAUCGACUGCGACGUGUUUGAGACUUGUCUGGAUAAGCCAGAAGAGGGACUGUCUGUUCUCUAUACUUACUAUUGGUCUAAUAAAGAGUGGAACUUGCAAAAUAACAAGGAACCAGUGCCCAUAGCCGUCGAGAUCUAUGCCAACGGCGCAGUCGCUGGCCAAACCGACGGGGAAAUUAUGGUGCGAUAUGAUUUCUUUGACUUCCAAAGAGAGUUUCGUCCAUCGCGUUAUGUCCUUGAGGUACGUUGCGCUAUACUUCCAUGCCCGAUCGCGGUAUUCAGUGUCAGUGCCUAUAAUUAUUAGGGAAAAAUACUGCCU